AUGAACAACAGUUUCACAAAUGAAACUUAUAUUUCUGAACAAAAGAUUUCUCAUUUUUUACAAACUAUAUUCAUAUUCCUGUAUUCUAUAAUGGUAGUAAUAGCUAUAGGGGGUAAUAGUAUUGUUUGUUAUCUAGUUUAUGCGUACAAACGGAUGAGAACUAUUCCAAAUUAUUUUCUUGUGAAUUUAGCCAUAAGUGAUAUAAUCAUGGCGAUUUUCUGUAUUCCGUUCACAUUUGUGGCCAAUCUUUUAUUAAACUAUUGGCCAUUCGGUGAAACCAUGUGCCCUUUAGUGAGUUAUUUACAAGUAGUAGCAGUGUUUCUGAGCGCAUAUACAUUGGUUGCAAUGAGUUUUGACCGCUAUAUCGUCAUUGUUCACCCAUUUAGACCACGAAUUACUACAAGAAAAACCCUGUUUGUUAUUAUUAUCAUCUGGAUAUUAUCUUUAUCUAUACCCAUUCCAACAUUAAUCAAAUCAAAAGUGCAAUAUUAUUCAAACACAAGUGGCCAAUGUUUAGAAACAUGGGAUAACAAUCACACUUUAAUGUAUGCAUACAGUACAGGAAUAAUGGUAUUACAUUUUUUCGGACCAUUAGUUGUGUUGAUAUUCUGCUAUAGUAGAAUAGGAUAUAACAUUUGGAACAAAACUCUUCAUGGAAAUGAUGAAAAUAAAAGACGAUUACAGUUAGCGUCAGCAAAACAAAAGCUCAUAAAGGAAAUGUUAUUAACUUUGUCAACUCCAAGAGAUCAGCGCUAUGUUGAAUUUGUCUGA